AUGUCGCCCCCUAUGCAGGCACCCAACUACAAGCACAUCACGGAGGAGUGCCUUCGCGAAUGGAAGGGCCAGUCCGCCGGCGCCUUCCGCCUCCCUGAUCCGGUGCCCAUGGCGCGCUUCCUCUACGAGCUCUGCUGGGCGAUCGUGCUGGGCGACUUGCCGCGGCAGAAGAGUCGGGUGGCGCUGGAGUCGGUGGUGUUCGUGGAGGAGGAACGGCGGGAGGAGGAGCUUGGCUCUGUGCUCGCUGAUAUCAUCGCUCACCUAGGACAGGAUAUUACAAUCUCUGGUGAAUAUCGCAGCCGUCUUGUUAAAAUGACUAAGUCAUUUCUGGAGUCCUCGAUUACUGCGCCUAGGCUUCUGCAAGAGCGAUGUGAAGAAGAUUUCCUUUGGGAGGUUGAACAGAGUAAGCUGAAAGGACAGGAUUUAAAAUCCAAGGAGGUUAGGGUCAACACACGGCUUCUUUACCAGCAAACUAAAUUCAACCUCUUACGGGAGGAAAGUGAGGGCUAUGCCAAGUUGGUGACACUCCUUUGUCAAGUUGGUUCAGAUCUGGCUUGCCAGAAUUCUUCUUCGGUUACGAUCAGCAUUAUAAAGUCAUUGAUUGGCCAUUUUGAUCUGGACCCAAAUCGUGCAUUUGAUAUUGUGUUGGAGUGCUUUGAACUUUAUCAAGAUAGUAACAUCUUUCAUCAGCUCAUACCUCUUUUUCCAAAGUCCCAUGCUGCUCAAAUUUUGGGGUUCAAAUUCCAGUACUAUCAACGAUUGGAUGUCAACAGCCCUGUUCCAUCUGGGCUUUUCAGAACAGCAGCUUUAUUGAUCAAAUCUGGAUUCAUUGACCUUGAUAAUGUCUAUUCUCACUUGCUUCCAAAUGAUGACGAGGCGUUUGAGCAUUUUGAUUCUUUCAUUUCGAGAAGAAUUGAUGAGGCUAAUAAAAUUGGCAAAAUCAACCUUGCUGCUACUGGAAAGGACCUUAUGGAUGACGAGAAACAAGAAAUCACUAUCGAUAUGUAUACAGCAUUGGAGAUGGAAAAUGAUAUAGUUGCGGAGCGAGCCCCUGAGAUGGAGAAGAACCAGAAACUUGGGCUUCUUCUUGGUUUUCUCUCUGUGCAUGACUGGUAUCAUGCACAACUACUCUUUGAGCGUCUUGCACACCUAAAUCCUGUUGAGCACAUUGAAAUCUGUGAUGGAUUAUUUAGAAUGAUUGAAAAGACAAUGUCUUCAGCCUAUCAUAUAGUUUGUCACCUGUAUUAUUACUUGCCUCCUAGAAAUGAUGCUGACCAGACAGGCACAUCUGCUCUGUCUUUAAGUUCAUUUGAUCUGCCAAAGGAGUUUUUCAAAUGCUCACCGCUUGUGGACCAUAUCUUCAUCGUGAUACUCAAUUACUACAAAAGUUAUAACAAAUCAACAACCAAGUUUUUCAGCCUUGCAGCGCAAAAUGUUAUAAUUUUGUUAUUCUUUGCUUGGAAUUUCCAAGUUUGCAGAGUAUUAAAAGCGUACUACCACUCAUCAAAAGAGUCAACACGUGCAGCAAAUGUAGUUUCACCAGAAUCUCAAAUUGAGGAAGCACUUGGCUCGUGCUUGUUUCCUUCGUCGCAGCUUAUCCCUGCUAAUCCUGCUGUUGAUAUGGAGAUAUGGGGGGUUCUUUCCCUUCUUCCAUAUGAGGCCCGGUAUCGUCUGUAUGGUGAAUGGGAGAAGGAGACUGAAGAAAACCCAAUUGUCCUUGCUGCAAGGCAAACUGCAAAGCUGGACACCAGAAGGCUCCUAAAACGGUUGGCUAAGGAAAACCUGAGGCCACUUGGCCGCAUGGUGGCUAAACUUGCCCAUGCGAAUCCCAUGACUGUGCUUCGGACAAUUGUCCAACAGGUUGAAGCAUACAGGGAUAUGAUUACACCAGUUGUGGAUGCAUUUAAGUACUUGACUCAGCUGGAGUACGACAUCUUGCAAUAUAUUGUCAUUGAACGCUUGGCACAAGGUGGUCGUGCGAAACUUAAAGAUGAUGGACUUAAUCUCUCAGAUUGGCUUCAAUGUCUUGCAUCCUUUUGGGGGCACCUGUGCAAGAAGCAUAGUGCUGUGGAACUGAAAAGCCUUUUGCAGUAUCUUGUUAAUCAACUGAAGAAGGGUGUGGGCAUUGAACUUGUUGUCCUGGAGGAGCUCAUUCAGCAAAUGGCGAAUGUGCAGUACACCGAGAACAUGACAGAGGAACAGGUUGAUGCUAUGGCAGGAAGUGAGACUUUGCGGCAGCAAGCUUCACUGUUUGGAGCAACAAGAAACUAUAAGGUGUUGAGUAAAUCUACAAAUAGGCUAAGGGAUUCAUUGCUUCCAAAAGAAGAGCCCAAACUUGCAAUUCCUAUGUUACUGCUUAUUGCUCAGCAUCGGUCCAAGAUCAUAAUAAAUGCAGAUGCCACAUAUAUCAAAAUGGUCAGUGAGCAGUUUGAUAGAUGCCAUGGAAUACUUCUUCAGUAUGUUGAGUUUCUUUCAAGCGCCGUGACUCCAACUGCCUAUGCUCAACUAAUACCUCCUUUGCAAGAUCUGGUCCAUAAAUACCACAUUGAGCCAGAGGUUGCUUUCCUUAUAUACCGCCCAGUGAUGCGGCUUUUUAAGAGCAGUAAUGGAGGUGACACUUGUUGGCCUCUUGAUGACAACGAGGAAGGAGAAUCUGUAUCAUCUGAUGAUCUUAUCUUACAUCUUGACUCGUCUCAGGAACCAAUCGUGUGGUCAGAUCUUCUUAACACAGUCCAGUCAAUUUUGCCAGCAAAAGCUUGGAACAGUCUUUCACCAGAUUUAUAUGCUACUUUCUGGGGCUUAACACUCUAUGAUCUUCACUUCCCAAAAGACCGUUAUGAUACAGAAAUCAAGAAGCUGCAUGAUAAUCUCAAACAAUUGGAGGACAACUCAGAUAACUCUAGCAUUGCAAUUUCAAGACGUAAGAAGGACAAGGAGAGAAUCCAAGAUUUACUUGACAAACUGAACAGUGAAUCUCAGAAGCACCAGCAGCACAUUGCAUCUGUGGUCCAAAGGUUAGCCCUUGAAAAGGAUAAGUGGUUGAGCUCCAGUCCGGAUGCAAUGAAAAUCAACAUGGAGUUCCUACAGCGCUGCAUAUUCCCACGAUGUGUUUUUAGUAUGCAAGACGCAGUAUAUUGUGCUACAUUUGUCCAAACACUACACUCCCUUGGGACUCCUUUCUUUAACACAGUCAAUCAUAUCGAUGUUCUUGUCUGUAAAACCCUACAGCCAAUGAUAUGCUGUUGCACGGAAUUUGAAGCUGGCAGGCUUGGAAGGUUUUUUCAUGAUACGUUGAAGAUGGCCUACUAUUGGAAGAGUGAUGAAUCUGUUUAUGAGCGUGAAUGUGCAAACAAACCAGGUUUUGCAGUGUACUUCAGAUACCCAAACAGCCAGCGUGUAUCCUAUGGUCAGUUUGUUCGGGUUCAUUGGAAGUGGAGUUCAAGAAUCACCAAAGCGCUUAACCAAUGCAUGGAAUCAAAAGAAUACAUGGAAAUCCGAAAUGCCCUUAUUGUGCUCACAAAGAUUUCUAGUGUCUUUCCGGUGAUUCGUAAAAGUGGUGUCAAUCUUGAGAAACGGGUGGCUAAACUAAAAGGGGAUGAGAGAGAAGAUCUUAAAGUUCUAGCCACUGGUGUAGCUGCUGCUUUAGCUGCUCGCAAGAGUUCUUGGCUAUCUGAAGAAGAGUUUGGCAUGGGACACAUUGAUCUGAAGCCAGCAACAGCAAGAUCUGUGCUUGGAAACCAGUCAGCAGAUCCCUUGAUGGCAAAAGAUCAAAAUGCCCGUGCAAAGUCUAUAGAUAAUAGGCAUGAAAGGUCAGAGGGUGCUAUGAAGCCUGACGUUCAGCAAAAGAAGAGCUCUGUGCCUGCAAAUGGAUCUGAUAUUCAAAUACCAUCUUCCUCUGUACAAGGGAAAUCUUCAGUGGUUGUUCGUGCAGUGGAUGAACCUCCAAAACCUGUGUCUGAUGAGGGGGUUAAAGUUUCUACAAAACCUACUUCAGAAUCUGAGACAAGAGCAACACAAAAGCGUGCACACAAUGCUGGGAAGGUAAUGAAGCAUGAUGUUGCAAAGGAAGAUGCAAAAGCUGGGAAAUCUACUAGCUGGAAUGUAAAUCAACAAGUCUCAACUGUUGAUAGAGAAGCAAUGCCUCAUGCAGCUGAUGCUGCCCAAGAAACCAAUACCACUAUUAGCGAUGGUAACUUGCAUCCAGUGCAGCGGAAGGGUUCGUCAUCUUCCCAAAGAAAUGCAGUUUUGGUUACACAUAAUGGAGCAGCUAAUCCCUCUGGUGAGUCUACUGAUCUGAUUGACUCUACCGUGAGACAGCAAAAAAGACCUGCUCUGAUUGAGGAGCAAGAUAGAUCAGGUAAACGGAGGAAAGGAGAAAAUGAACCCGAUUUGAGUGAACACCAUGUAGACAAGGAAAAGAGUUUGGACUCACGUGGCGGAGAUAAGUUUCGUUCAGUGGAUCAUGAGAAGAGUGCUAAUGAGGAACAAAACUUAAGUAGGGCAGACAGAAUGAAAGAGAAAUCUGAUGAUAAAUAUGACAGAGAUCCUAGGGAAAAAUUAGAUCGAGCUGAAAGGCGUCGUGGGGAAGAUGCCAUUGAAAGAUCAACAGAUAGAUUAUCGGAGAGGAGAGAACGCUCUAUUGAAAGAUUGCAAGAGAGAGUGACAGAUAAAGCCCCUGAAAAAGGUAGAGAGGAUAGAAAUAAGGACGAGAGGAAUAAAGUUAAAUAUGCUGAACCUUCGGUGGACCGGACACAUUCUUCUGAUGAACGAUUUCGAGGGCAAAGUUUGCCACCGCCCCCACCUCUUCCUGCAAGUUUUGUACCCCAAUCAGUUGGUGCCAACCGACGUGAAGAAGAUGCUGACCGAAGGGGUGGGAGCUCCAGGCAUGUUCAAAGGUCAUCUCCCAGGCGCGAUGAGAAAGAAAGGAAGCAGUCAGAGGAGAAUACUUCGUCAUUUCAGGAUGAUGGGAAGCACAGAAGAGAGGAAGAUAUUCGUGAUAGAAAGCGUGAGGAUAGGGAUAUAUUAUCAAACAAGGUAGAUGACAGGGAUAGGGAAAAGGGGACUUCUUUGAAAGAAGAUAGUGACCCUAGUAAUGCUUCUAAACGGAGAAAGAUCAAGCGAGACCAGACUUCUUUAGAAGCUGGGGAAUAUGCACCUUCUGCUCCACAGCCUCCCUCCCAUGGAUCCGGCAGCUCACAAUUGUCUGACGUGCGAGAAAGAGAAAGGAAAGGGUUAAUUUCACAACAUCGUACCUCGCACGCUGAUGACCUUCCUAAGACACAUGGCAAGGACAUGGCAAGCAAGUCAAGUCGUCGAGAGUCUGACCAGUGA